UUUAUCUCUCAGAUAAGUCCCACACUUAAUGUCAUUGUUGUGUGUGCAGCAUGGUUUGGUGUAUCUGUUCCCAUGUUGUUCCUUCUUGUCUUCACAGCAAGUCCAACGAUGCGCCGCAAGCCAUUGUUCAUAACAAAUACUAUUGCGUUGCUUUUUGCCAUUGCCUUGGCUUUUACAAACAUUUUCAUACUUCCCACAGUAGCACUUGAUCGCCCAAGUACUCUUGCCUUUGUUUUUGUGAUGAUGAUGGUUGAGAUAUUCAUUGAUUCCAUCUUAUUUUUCCGGGUAUUCAUCAUCCUCCCUCCUGCUCGUAUCAGCCGGAGGAUGGCAAUGCUUCUAUAUGUUCCAUUAGUCGCAUUCAAAUCCGGGCGCAUCAUCAACGCCAUUAUUUUCAUGGUUUUGUUUACGAAACAAACACGCUCUCUUACUGUGUCCGCUCAAUAUGCAGCCAUAACCCUUCAACGUCCGGAGCCAAAAAUUGGGUGGCUACUUCAGAUUGCAGACAAUUUGUUGGUUUCCUCACCAUUCCCAUCUGUGUUUGCAUAUCUGACUGCUCCUUUCAAUGCUAAUUCUUCAUUUGCUCAGCGUGUGGGAGUCUUAUUCUGGAUUGCACUCUCAAACUUUGUUUUCCCAGCAAUGGUUACAACUGUGCUUCUCAUCCUAAACUUUGUGGACAACAACUACAGUCAUUAUUUCCUUGUUUUCAUUUGCAACAUCUUUGUUGAAACAUAUGGCGUUAUCUUUGCAACUAUGUGGACUAGU